AUGUUUCCUAGGAAACCAGCAAUCUCUCAUAGCAAAGCACACAAAACUUCAGCUCAAACUUUUUGUAAACUUUAUUGCAAAAUCGAAGAUGAAGAACAGAAGGAAGCAGAGCAAGAGCCUGAUCACGACGAAGAGGAAGAGAAAGUGAAACCAAAGAAGAUACCGAAUCAAUUCAACUUCUGCGAAAGGGCUGCGUUAACUUACACCAAUCCCAUGCGAGAAAUGAGCACCCAGACAGUGCCACCCCCAACUGACACCUUCAACACUCACGUUUUACAAUGGACUAUAUUCGACGAGUACCAAGAAGAUUACGCUCAGCAGCAAAAAGAGAAAGAAAAAGAGAGAAGAAUACCAUUGCUACAACCAAAACGAGAAGACCUGAAGAGGAAAGCACAGACAGAGUCCGAGGCUUUGUCAUGCAGGAUGUUACAAGCUGCGAAAACGUUGGAACGAAUGGUGAACCAAAACAUAUACGACGAAAUAGCCCAAGAUUAUAGAUACUGGGACGACCCUAGCGAUGAAUUCAAAGAGGGCGAAGGCUCAUUGUUACCCCUGUGGAAGUUCAGUUAUGAGAAAACCAAAAAACACGACGUCACUGAUUUGUGUUUCAAUAGCAGAUACUACGACUUGUUCGCAGUCGCCUAUGGCACGAUGUCGUUUUCUAGCAUGAUAACUGACGGAGCGAUCUGCCUAUUUACUCUGAAGAAUCCAUCAUACCCUGAAUGGAUAUGCCCAACAGAUACACCAGUUAUGUGCUUAGACUUCAGCAAACAACACCCGCACCUUCUAGUCGUCGGCUCGAUGGACGGUGCAGUUUGCGUUUACAACAUUAUGCUACCACCUAACUCGCCUCAGUACAAAAGCGACGACGUUAUUCAAAAACAUGGAGGUAUUGUAUGGGAGGUACGUUGGGCACCAGACACAGAAGAAGGUCACCUGGCUUUCUAUAGUGUCAGCAUCGAUGGGAGGAUAAACUAUUGGAUUCUAAAUCAGAAUGAUCUGGGCCUCACGACUGUGAUGACUCUCUAUUUAGACAGACCCCCCAUACCUGGGCCUGAUGGGACUGUAAUUACCCUCAAAGGCUGUGGGACAUGUCUGGCAUUUCAUCCUGCGGAUGAGAACGUGUUCCUAGUUGGCACUGAGGAAGGGACGAUUUACAAAUGCAACACGGCGUACAGCAGUGUCUACAUGAGGACAUACAACGAGGCGCACAACAUGCCGAUAUAUCGUAUAGUGUUUAAUAAAUUUAACUCCAGUAUAUUCGCAAGCUGCUCAGGCGACUGGCGAAUAAAAAUAUGGGAGGAUGACAGAAUGGAACCGUUGUUCAUGUUCGAUCUUGGAGUGCCAAUCGGAGACGUUCAAUGGGCGCCGUAUAGUUCCACAGUGUUAGCCUGUGUCUCAAAUGAUGGGAAAGUCACGGUUUUCGAUUUGAAUAUAAAUAAAUACAGGCCUAUAUGUAGUCAGCAGGUCGUUAGUAGGAAACGAAAUAAAUUGACUAAACUUCGGUUCAAUGAGAAGCUGCCAUUUCUUAUAGUUGGUGAUGACAAGUGAGUCGAUGAUAGUCUAAAUGUGAAACUUAAGGAUGUAUUGGCUAUACGGUCAAUCCCAAAAGUUUAUGUAUCUUAGAAAUAAUGCAUUUC